UACCAAUUUUACUGCCAAGAAAAAUUUGUCACAUAUGUUAUCCAAUCCAAUCCGAUUCGGCAGACGCACAUGGUGCCAGUUGUUGUCACCGGUUCUGUGGGUGAUUGCUGGUGUAUCUUCGUUUCAUUUGAGUAGCUAAAGGCUUUGAUCGGGUCAACAUGUCUGGCACGAAGCGGAAGCAGUACUUGGAGCCUGGACAUGAAUUUGUGCUACCGAAAGCAACUGCCUGACGCAAGCAAAUGAAGAAAAACAACGAUGGAACUGCGGAGGAAACCGAUGAGCCCGACAGCUCAUCUCUCUCCCAGGUACCUGGGACCCCUAACCAAGCACCACUGCUGGAACCCUCAUCUGCUUCCCAGGAACCUGGGACCUUUAGCCAAGCCCCACUGCGAUCUCAGGAAACUGAGUACACCAGUACCCAGCCAGAUGACCCUGCGGACAACCCAACGGAUUCCUCCUUGUCUGAAUCUUCGGAAGACGACUUCGAUUCAGAAGACUCUAGUGAAGACGACACAUUCUAUGACGCCUCCGAUGAGGAGCCCGUCUGUGGAAUGGAAGGAACGCGCUUUCAAUGACUGGGAUGAAGGACGCCUUGUUUCUGGUAAACACCUUGUUUGGAAGGCCGGUUGUGCCUAG